AUGUCGGCGGCGAACAACGGCGUUGAGAUUGAAGGAGCGUCGCGUCGCCCCGGUGCCGGCGAGAAUACAGGUCACCGUACCGACGCCGCCGAAUCGCGAAAGAGACACGGGGAGGUGGACGUGGGGACCGACGAACUCGUCGGCACGGCGCCAGUCGUCGAGUCGCCAUGUCACUGCGAGCAACUUGCCGCUAUCUCGCGGGGGCCGCUGCUGCCCUACGCGCCGGGUUGUGAAGGUUCGCCAAGGGACGCGGCGGCGAGCGGCAGCGGUGGCGACGACACCGCCAGUAGGGGUUGCGGACCCAAGACGCGAGGGAGUGUGUUCAGUGCCGUUCGAGUUCCGCAAGUGGUGUUUCUUUCGCGCCCGGUCGACGACCAAGCGACCCGCUGUAACGUCCAGCGUCGCGCGCGCGCUCAGAUUUGACUUGGAAAAACUGAACAAUUGCGAAAGGCCUCUCUCCGAGGCCUCCAGAAUAGACAUAAUACGUCACAAUUGUUUUCUGCACCCUGCAAUAGCGGAGUUAACUGUGUGAACUUGUGCCAUCGUCAUAAGACUUUUUUCUGUCGCGAACGCAGUCCGCGAUCUUGCGAUCGAUUUCGCAAGUUUGCAUGCUUUUUUUAAACGAUUAGAGGCGCGUUUAGUCAUCGCACGGCUUUCUAAACUGUUUGAAACACUGGUAACGUCUCUCAAUAGGAGUUGAGGUGUAAAGAUAAAAAAGGGGGAAGAAAAUAUAUCAUCUCGGUGACAUCGACGCUCGCAGAGUAAAAUAUCGAUAGGAUCCGACCUUUUACCUUAGCAAAUGAAUAGUUUAUCAAGAUUAAUCAUAUGACCCGGCAAACUUAAUUCAGUUAACUCAGUCCGGAAGAAUUUGACGCACAAUUUUUGAGGGGGAGA